AUGGGAGACGCUAUCAAACGCAACCCUCACCCUGACUUCAAGGGCGUCGAGGCUUCUCGUCCUGAACUUGACACCUCUUCUGAAUUCCGUUACACCAAGACCGUGGAUGCGGACUGGGCUUUUGGCUCAGGCGCAAACAGACUUGCAAAGGAUGAUGCUGGCAAGAAGCAUGUCGCUAUAGAUCCUCAUGAGGAGGGCCGUCCUGCGGGCUUCAACUAUAAGCUUAUGAUCUCAUCCAUCGUGCCCCGUCCCAUCGCCUUUGUGAGCAGUCAGGCUCCUGAUGGAACGCACAAGAACCUGGCACCUUUCAGCUACUUCAACAUGAUGAACCACGACCCUCCCAUGUUUGUCGUUGGUUUCUCAUCCAGUCUUGCUGCUGCCAAGGACUCGCUGCGCAACGUCUCUGACUCGGGCGAGUGCGUCAUCAACAUCAUCUCCGAGCAGUUUAUUGAAGCCGCAAACGCAUGCAGUGUGGAUGCCCCUUACGACGUGUCCGAGUGGGAUAUCUCAGGUCUAACACCCUCUUACGACUGCGAGACUGUCAAGUGUGCUCGUGUGCGCGAGGCUAUUGUCAGCAUCGAGUGCAAGCUCGACAUGCUCAAGGAAUUCGACAGCAAGGCACGACCAGGCAACAAGUCGGGCACCAUGGCUGUUUUCGAGGGCACGCGAUUCUGGGUUCGCGAGGAUGCGUUGAACGAGGAGAAGAACUUGGUUGACCCUGGUGUUCUGAAGCCCGUCAGCAGACUGGGAGGAAUCACUUAUGCAAGAGUUACUGAGGCAUUUGAGCUGCCUAGACCGGAAUUCAAGAAGGAUGUUGGUGGCCAAGAAGGACUCGAGGAAAUCCAAAAGAAGCAGAACAAAUAA